AUGGACCCGACCUUGAACAAUGAGUCUCAGGAGGUACUCGAAAAUGAAAUCGCAGAUUUAGAACUCCGCCUCCAAAGAGCCAAACAUCGGCUAGCGAAAUCAGAUACCGCAAAUAUCAACAAACCAUCUCUUUCCUACCCAUCAUCACAAUCCGCACACCACUACCUCCUCCUACUCUCAGACUCCGCCCUCCCACUAGGAUCCUUCGCCUUCAGCUCCGGACUAGAAUCAUACCUAGCACACACGCGGCGCGGCCCCCGGCCCGGCGGCCCCUCAUUCUCCACCUCAUCGGCAUCUGCAUCUCCGUUCUCAUCCUUCCUCCCGCUGUCCGUAUCCUCGUACGCCAGCACCACGCUCCCCUUCGCGCUCGCCGCCCACCGCGACCCGUCGCCGGAUACGAUCGUCGGCCUCGACGACGCGCUGGACGCGGCGAUCGUGUGCGCCGUCGGCCGCCGCGCUUCCGUCCAGCAGGGCCGCGCGCUCCUGGCUAUCUGGGAGAAAAGCAUUGCUGCGGCGGCGGAUCCGCACGGGACGCUGGUGCCGUAUGCGGAGGUGCUGCGGGCUGGCACGCGUAUGGCUGGGGUAGAAGGUGGUGCUGGUGAUGAAGUACUACUACCGCCUCCCGCGUCGGCGCACCUGGCGCCGCUUUUCGGCGCCGUGGCGGGCUUGUGCGGGCUUAGCUUGCGACAGACGGCGUACGUGUUCAUGCUAAGCCAUGUUAAGGCGCUUGUUUCGGCAGCUGUCCGAGCGGGGUUAUUUGGACCGUACCAGGCGCAGCGGAUUCUGGCAGGCGGCGAGGUGCAGGGUCUACUGACGGAGGUAAUUGCGCGGGAGUGGGAUACGGUGGUUGAGGAGGCGGGGCAGAGCGUGCCGGUGAUGGAUUUGUGGAUUGGACGGCAUGAGUUGCUGUAUUCUAGGAUAUUCAAUAGCUGA